AUGCAUGCACGUGCGGCCGCGCGUGCUCUUAUGGGGUUGCGGGUAGCGCGAACCUCGGCUUGGCUUGCGCUUCCUCUGCAAGUCAGCGCAGCAUCACCAUCUCCAGCAGCCGCACUCGCAUUUCCCCCUCAGGAAGAUAUCUGGAAAUCUCUUCGCUCAGAUUUGAGGAAGGAGUAUAAUGUGUUCUUCUCAUUGGAAGCUUCUCAGCAAACCUCAAAAAAACAGGAAAUUAAUGUGAAGAUAAUUAAUCUUAUUGAUUACUCCUAG